GUCCCAGGUGGCCCAUGAAGAAAAACGCUUGGCGCAUACCUGGAAGACCAGGAACUCUUCUUGAGGGUGAGCAGAAGCAGCUGAAGACCCCAGAGGACCCAGAAGAUGAUGAUGGAGAAGAAGCUCCUGCUCUCCCCUCAGGCGUAUCGGAGGCGUCUCAAUCUCUACCGGGUAUAGAAUCUUUUCUACAAAGGAAUCGGGGAGCCUUUCAUCCUUGGAGUCGGGACAAAGAUGAUGCACAGGAGGAGGAAGGAAGACUCCACAGGACAUCCCCAGAAAGAGUGGAGGAUGAAAACGACAACUGUGGGAUCAGAGAUGAAUCACGAAGGCAGAAGGAAAAUGAGGCAAAUGAGAGGAAAAACAAACCUCACACUUAUCUGAGAGGAGUUGUCUGUCAAGAAGCAGAGGAAAAGACAAGAAACAGAUGCCUCAAUGUCCUUCAGAACUCAGAGUCUGGGUUAAGGAGCCCUCUGAGGAAAAGCCCAGCGAAAGGUCCAACAUGCCACUCAGAGGAAAGUCUGUGUCACUGUAUGGAGCAUGGAGAGAGUUCCAGAAGGAGCCCAGAAGAUCCAGGAUUUCCCACAGGAGAGAAACCUUAUGAAGACUCAGGGUCUGAAAAAUGCUUCAGUGUUAGCUCAGCUCUUCAAGUCACUCAGCCUGUGGACUCAGAAGGAAGAUUGUAUAAAUGUGAAGAAUGUGGCAAGAGCUUCAAGGGAAGUUCUGGACUUAAGCAACAUCAGAGAGUGCACACUGAGAGACGGUACAAAUGUCAUGAAUGUGGAACAGCCUUCAUGUGGCUGUCAAGUCUUAGAGAACAUCAACGAAUUCAUACAGGAGAGAAACCCUUUCUCUGUGAAGAAUGUGGGAAAAUGUUUUCCCGGAAGUCCAACCUUGUAGUGCACCAACGAAUUCACUCAGGAGAAAAACUGUAUUCAUGCGAUGAAUGUGGGAAAUGUUUCACUGCUCCCUCAACUUUGAAAGAACAUCCGGGCCUUCAUUUAAGGGAGAAAUCCUAUCAAUAG